AUGGUCGGUCUCCAUACAGAGACAGGGAGAGCGGUUUUGAGUCCAAUUUUGAAUUGGUCAUUUUUCUUUUUUACUGAAACCAAAAAACACAUACCUUACGGAGAGCACAAAAGCUUAACUGGAACAGCACGAUACAUGUCUAUCAACACACAUCUGGGCAAAGAGCAAAGCCGGCGAGAUGAUUUGGAAGCCCUAGGCCAUAUGUUCAUGUACUUCCUCCAUGGCAGCCUGCCCUGGCAAGAACUCAAGGCUGAUACAUUAAAAGAGAGACGUCAAAAAAUUGGUGAUUCCAAAAGGAAUACUCCCAUCGAAGUUCUCUGUGAGAACUUCCCAGAGGAGAUGGCAACCUACCUUCGAUAUGUCAGGCUAUUAGACUACUUUGGAAAACCUGAUUAUGAGUAUUUACGGACCCUAUUCACGGAUCUGCUUGAACGGAAAGGCUACACCUUUGACUAUGCCUAUGAUUGGGUUGGAAGGCCUAUUCCUAAUCCAGUAGGAUCAGUUCAUGUAGAUUCUGGUGCAUCUGUAAUAACUCGAGAAAGCCACACACACAGGGAUCGGCCAUCACAACAACAGCCUCUUCGAAAUCAGACUGCAUCAUCAGAGCACCGAGGAGAGUGGGAAAACCAGCCCAGCUGGCAGACCAAUACCUCAUUCCUGAUGUGUUACUUGGCCGCUGACCGCCAUGGGGGUUCAGUACAGGUACCUACUGUCAUCCCUUUGGCUAUACCUGCAAAGAGAUUAUGUCAUCGCUAA